AUGAUGCGUACCGACGAGCCUUCCGGCCUCAGCCAGCCCCUGCGGCCUCAACGCGACCGCUCCGCGUACCGCAACUUUCUCAAGAUGGCCGUGCUCUUCUCCAUCAACCACGGAACCGUCGCGGCCGUGCUCAACAUCAGCGUGCAGCUUCUCGGCGACGCGGGCUCGUACCAGUCUGGCGCGCUCUACAUCACGUACGCGCUGACGGCGCUCAUGUUCUCCUCCGCGCUCAACGAGGCGCUCGGCCCGCGCUGGUCGCUCGUCGUCGCGGCGGGGCUGUACUCGCUCUACGUGCUCUCGCUUCCGCUCGCGCUGAUGCUGCCGCCCGAGGCGCGCGGCGCGCGCGUCGCGCUCGCGCUGUGCGGCGGGACGGUAGGGGGCUUCGCGGCCGGCUUCCUCUGGGCGGCGCAGGGCACCUACUUUGCUCUCUCUGCGCGGAGGCACGCGUUGCAGAUGGACAUCGAGCCUGCGGAGGCAAAUGCAGAGCUGGCGUCCGCGUUCGCGUCGACGUUCCUCUCGCUCGAGCUGUGCCUCAAGGCGCUGCCGAUCGGGCUGCUGCCGCUCUCGCACAAGAUGGUGCACGUCCUCGGCCACGACGCCGCCUUUGGCGUCUCCGCUGCGCUCCUCGGCUACGAGGCCUUUGCCUACCCCAAGCCCCAGCCCCGACCCCAAGCCCCAAUCGUUCCUCACACGCUGACGCGCGUCCGCCAGGCCUUUGGCGCCGACGCUGUCCUCGCCGGCUCGCUCUGCUCCGCCCUCGUCUCCGCCGUCGCCGCGCUGCUGCAGGCUGAGCGCAUUCGAGCCCUUCGACCGGAGUUGGAUGGUACCACGCGUCUCACUGAGACGCGGGGUACUGGCCAUGGCCGGACUACGGAGCGUGAGGUGGCGAGCGGAGCGAGCGACAAAACAACGAGAAAAACACGGAUCUGA